GAGAGGUAGAGAGAGAAAGAGGGAGAAAGGAAUAACAAGGGUUUGAGAAAGGGAGAAACUUGAAGAUUGAAGAAUUAGGAGGUAAAGUGAAGCCUAAGUGUGAAUUAAUCAUAACCUAAGACGUUGUGCAGGUUUAGUAGCUUGGUGAGUUCCUGAUGUUGGUGGAUAGUGGGAGCUUUCUCCGCUAUCGGGUCUUAGAGUAGAGUUGGCUCUGAUCUAGGGUUUUGUUGUUAGCUCUAGAUCUUGUUGGAUUAUUUUCGUACUUUGAGAUUUUGUCCACGUGUCGGACUUGGAGAUUUUAUGCUUAUGCAUUUUUGAGAUGACAUGACAUGUAUGUUUGAUGUAUGAGAUUUGUAUCCGCUGCGACUGAUGAGGUUUUAUAUACAUGCAUGUUGACCGUUGAUUCGAUUUUGUUUUCUUUGAUUUGGUGAAGUAGCAUCUAUUUCUUGAAUAUAUGAAUUAUUCGCAUGUUUAAUUGCUUUAAUAGAAAUAGGGUGUUACAAUGUUAUGGUAAACAACUUGGUGACAGGAUGCUUGCACCAAGGGAGAAUCAGCAACCUCAAGCACAACCUGCACCCAAGAAGAAAGGGCCGGCUAAAAAGAAAGGACCAAGCAAAAAGGCUGGGCCACCAACUGCAACCACAACAGAAGCAUCACCUGGAAACACAACUGCACCACCAACUGCAAGCACCACUUUACCACCACCUAGCACCAUUGUACCACCACCUGCUGCAACCAACAUUGUGUCACUUGCAAGCAACAAUGUGUCAACUACAAGCAAUUCUGUGCCAAUUGUAAAGCCACAAAUAGUGGGGGAAAACAUACUCAUGGUGCCUAAGAAGUGCAGGAACAUUGGUCUGAAGAGAAAGUCUGAUAAAAUGGAGCCUAUUGGAACACAACAGUCGGUAUACAAGAAGUAGUUUAAGUUUUGUUGGCAUACUCUUUUAUUGGCAUUAUAUUUUGGUUGUAAUAGCUAAGUAUUUUGGAACACAUUUGUUACUUUGGAACCUAUUUUGUAUUCAAACAUGGUUGAUUGUAACUUAACUCUACUUUUGGAUAUGCUAUUUU